AGCUGUCUUUGGCUGAUCCAAAGCGUGGCUGCCAGAGCGCAGUGAAGUUUUUUGGCGGAGUUAGCGCGAGUGAAGUCGAGGCUCCAGCAGACUUCGCCCGUACAUGAAGCUGGCCAUACGAGCCUUGUGUGGCCAUGGGCAGGUCACCAGGCACAUGCUCAGGAUCGGCCGGCGUCAUGUGGGCAUCGCGCACACCAGGUUGGGAAGCCAACGAAGCUUCAGCUCUCAGGUGGCAUCGCUGCGGGAGAUGACAGGUGGAGAGGUGAUUUUUAACAUGCUGGUGGAGCACGGCGUUGACACUGUCUUUGGAUACAGUGGUGGCGCCGUUCUUCCACUGAUUGACGCGUUUCACGGCAAGAACAUCAAGUGGAUCACAUCUUCGCAUGAACAGUGCAGUGGGCAUUCAGCAGCCGCGUACGCCAAAUCCACUGGCAAGUUUGGGGUGGCCAUCGUGACGAGCGGGCCAGGCCUGACAAACCUGGUAACCCCAAUGCAGGACGCACUGACAGAUGGCGUGCCCAUGGUUAUCUUCUCAGGUCAGGUGCCCACGGGCGCCAUGGGCACCGAUGCCUUUCAGGAGUGUCCCGCGACGGAGAUCACGCGAUCUUGCACGAAAUGGAAUUAUGUGUGCCUGGACUUCAACCAGCUGCCAUGGGCUGUCAAUGAGGCGUUUCGAAUCGCAUGUUCCGGCCGUCCUGGUCCAUGCCACAUUGACCUGCCCAAGGACAUCGUUUCAAUGAAGGCAAAGGUGCCCGAUGCCAUCUUCAGAAAAGCAUCGACCGCAUCAGCAGACGCUCCUCCGAUGCUGGACACAGGUGCCGUGCAGAAGGCCGCCGAUCUCAUCAACAAGUCAAAGCGGCCCAUCCUUUACGUGGGGCAGGGCCCGGCCGCCCAACGGCCCAGCUCUGGGGAUUAGGUCGCAGUGC